AAAGAGGAAAUAAUAGUCUCAGAAGAAGAGAAACAGCUGGGCAUCAACAUGGCUGCUGACAACGAUCCCGAGUCAGAGGUUUUUGAGAUCACGGAUUUCACCACCGCCUCAGAGUGGGAACGGUUUGUGUCACGAGUUGAGGAAGUGUUAAAUGACUGGAAGCUAACGGGAAACUCUGCAGUAAAGUUGUCUCCAGAAAAGGGUGAAUACACCAGCGGCACCUGGGGGGAGCACUCUCAGGAUAUUCAUUUUGCUGACUUUAAGUUCUUCAUAACACAUUACUUUCUGAAACAAGACUGUGAGGGAGACGAUGGAAAGGACAAGCUCGAGGAAGAUGCCUUACCCAUGGCAAUGCAGGACCUUCUGUGUAUGAACAAUGAUUUCCCACCUCGAGCCCACUGCCUGGUCAGAUGGUAUGGCCUGCGAGAGUUUGUGGUCAUCAGCCCUGGAGCGAACUGCGAGGCCAUUAUCAGCGAGUCCAAAUGCAACCUCCUCCUCAGCUCCAUCUCCAUCUCUCUGGCUAACAGUGGCUGCCAGGUGCCCAUAUUCGUGCAGAUCCAGCAGAAGUGGAGGCGGAUGUAUUCUGGAGAAUGCCAGGGACCCGGAGUGCGCACCGACUUUGAGAUGGUCCAACUCCGCAAGGUGCCGAGCCAGUACAACCACCUGUCUGGGCUGCUGGACAUCUUCAAGUCUAAGAUAGGUUGUACCAUGUUCCCUUCACUUCCAGUCAACAUUGCCAUCCGGUUUACCUAUAUUCUCCAAGACUGGCAGCAGCAUUCAUGGCCACAGCAGCCUCCCGACUUUGACACGCUUCUUGGAGGUGAGGUAGGAGGGGUGGAGUUCGGGAAGCUUCCGUUUGGAGCCUGCGAGGAACCGAUCAGUGAACUUCAUCUUGCAACCACCUGGCCUCACCUGACAGAAGGCAUAGUCGUGGACAAUGAUGUCUACAGCGACCUUGACCCUCUCCAAGCUCCUCACUGGUCAGUCCGAGUCAGGGCUGCUGAAAACCCUCAGUGUCUCCUGGGUGACUUCCUGACAGAGUUCUUUAAGCUGUGCUGUAGGAAGGAGUCCACAGAAGAGGUUCUGGGAAGAGGACUGACUGAAGAGGAGGGAAAAGAAAACAACGACAUUAGCUCUGCUUUAUCCAAACUGACCGAGCCAGCAGCCGCUGUGCCAAUUACCAAGCUGUCUGUCUCCAAUAUGGUGCACACAGCCCGAAAGCACAUCCGCCGCCACAGACGCAUCGAUGAGUCACCACUCAACACUGAUGUGCUCAAUUCUGUCCUCCUGUAUCUCUUCCCAGAUGCCGCUGUGGAGAAAUCACCAGACAAUAUUAAGAACAAAACUCCCCAGUCAAACUCCUUUGGGACCACCAAGCAGGAUAAAAACUCUGAUUAUAACCUUUUCCUCCAGCUGAAGUCAGCACCCAGUGACAGUUUAACGUACCGGUUGGCGUUAUGUGUGUGUCUGGUAAACUACAACUAUGGCGGUCUGCGAGCUGUUGCCCACCUUUGGCAGGAGUUUGUCCUAGAGUUGCGCUUCCGCUGGGAAAACAACCACCUCAUCUAUGGAUUGACUGAGGGUCCUCCUGAUCUUCGCUGUUGUCUUUUGCAUCAGAAGCUACAGAUGCUGAACUGCUGCAUAGAGAGGAAAAGGGCCAGAGAUGAGGCCCGCAAGGCGUCGGAUGGAAACAAAGAGAGAGAGCGCAGGGUGUCUGGUGGCACGCACAACAAUCGUCCAGCACCAGAGUCUGCUUCAGCAGCAUCUGCAUCCGCUUCUCAAGGAAAGUCCUGGGACUCUUGGAGCGACAGCGAGGAUGAGUUCUUUGAGUGCCUGAGUGACCAGGGGGAGAUAGAGGCUCCACAUGGUGAGGGAGGAAAGGACAGCAGUAAAAACAAAGCAGAGGGACGACUACACCCCUACAACAACAUGACUCUACUCAACUCUACAGAACCCCUCUAUGUUCCUGUCACACAGGAGCCUGCUCCCAUGACAGAGGACCUGCUAGAGGAGCAGUCUGAAGUUCUGGCCAAACUGGGCACAUCAGCCGAAGGCACACACCUGCGGGCUCGCAUGCAGAGUGCAUGUCUGCUCUCUGACAUGGAGUCCUUCAAGGCAGCCAACCCAGGCUGCGUUCUGGAGGACUUUGUGCGCUGGUACUCUCCUCGAGAUUAUGUGGAGGAGGAGGUGGUCGACGAGAAGGGCAACACGGUGGUGAGAGGAGAGCUCAGUGCCAGGAUGAAGAUCCCAGGCAACAUGUGGGUGGAGGCUUGGGAGACGGCCAGAAUUACACCGGCACGGCGCCAGAAGAGACUGUUUGAUGACACUAAGGAGGCGGAGAAGGUUCUGCACUAUUUGGCAAUGCAGAAACCUGCCGAGCUGGCCCGUCAUCUCCUGCCCUGUAUAAUCCAUGCUGCUAUUCUGAAGUUGAAGGAGGAAGAGUUAGUAGAAGACAUUCCAUCAGUCAAGAAAAACAUUCAGCAAGCCACGUCUCAAGCCAGCAAGCUGCUGCACCCCCCCAACCAUGACUACAAGAAGUUAGAGGACUUUAUUAACCAGUUAAUGACCACAGAGACGGUCAUUACCCAGGCCCGGUCACUGAAGGCCAAGUUCGCCAUCGGUGAGGACGAGAAGGGAGAAAGCACAGACGAGCUGGAGAAAUUUGUGAGCUCGCUGCUGGAAGAACCAGAGGUGGUGGUGAUGGGAGCUGGCCAGGGGCCAGCCGGCAGUAUCAUCCAUAAACUAUUUAUUAACGCUCAGAGGCUGGCUGACUUCACCACUGACGAGGCUGCCCUCCUGGCUCCAGUGGACGAUGAGCUGGUGUUUGACAGGAAGCCGACUGGAUCGAGCAGCAAAGUACCCGACUUCCCGCCCCCGGCGGGCCGGGAGAUCCUGCUGCGGACGUGUGUCCCGCGGCCGGCGCCGUAUUCCAAAGCUCUGCCUCAGCGGCUCUUCUGCGUGUUGAUGAGAGAUGAGUUCAGACUGGCGGGGGCCUUCUCCUCAGACACGUCCUUCUUCUAGGGGCCCUGAUAAUAUCAGGGUCGGCGUAUUCAAACGUUUCGUUUCUUUGUCUGUCAGUCCUCCAGCGGUUUGUUUUCGUGCACAAAUGCUUGUUCACGAGCGGUGAACAUUUUUAUUAAGGCUAAACAUACUCUGUGUGUUGGCUGCGUAUCCCUAGCCAACGCUUGUGGGAAAAAAAAUGAGAAAGACACUGCUUUAUUUAACUUUAUUUGGACCUUUUAUUUGUAAAGAGCAGUUGGUGUGGGUAAAUACAUGUACACCCACACCUACACAUGUAUAAAGACAUAGAAAGAAGUGCUGAGGUUAGCUGGUAGGAUGUUGGAUGAAAACCCUUUCACCCACACAUGCUCGUUUUCUUUCUGCUUUAAUCAAGUCAAAACACUAUGCUAGUGUUCCUCUCACUCUUUGCAGCAUCACAUAGUGACACAGUGAAGUGUAGCAGUGUACGAUUGAAGCUGGUCGACACAGUGCUGCAAAUAGAAUCACUUUUCUCAUUAAGAAGUUGAUUAAUAAAACUAAAUUCUUCGGACGCUCUUGUGACUGAAACAUGUAGCUAUGACCUUAGAGUUUUAACGCUGGUUCGCCAUAAAACCAUUUCACAAAAACUAAGUAUUUUACCCUUGUCGCAUACUCUGUAUUUCUGAAAUGAAAAUAAAAAAGAUCUUCUGUAUUGUAA